CAGCCAUCAGCCAUAUUGUUUUCUGUCGCUAUUUUUUGUCUUCUGCCUGCCAUUGUUGGGAGCGGUUUCGAGAAGAUUCCUUAAUCCUUUUGCUAAUUUACAAGCUGUUAAACUUGUUAGUAGUGGAAAUAUAUCGUUCGGCGUUAGGCGAUUGAGCAACUCUUGCGCAGCUUCAGACGAAAUCGAUCACCUUACUUCAUGCGAAGACCCAACUAAACCCAAAAAUGGCGGAAAGCAGUGACGAUAGAGAUCAGGAGCUGAAUAAACUUCUGGAGAUUGCUAGAGAGAAGAGAUUCAAUGUGGGCAACUUCGUCAGACCAUUAAAAGAGCUGUGUGUAAAUAAAAUAGCAGACAGCGAUGAUUGUGCAAAAACAAAUCUUUUGCCAUAUCAAUACCUCCCACUUGUGUUGAAAAAGGAAAUCUUGAAACGCAUGGCUGCUCAGCAAGGCUCCUGUCAAGUCAGACUGACCCCUGCCAUGACCGAAUGGAUAUACAAACUGGCAAGCUGUCUCAUGAAUGACAAGACAAAGGAAUUUGACUUCAGCAUCUUUGGUCAAUACGACUGGUUGGACCAUGAGCUAGACCAGAAGGUGUGGCAGAUGCUUGCUGAGAGGUGUCCAAACUUGGAGACCAUCUCAGACAAGUGGCAAAAACAAAAACGCGGUGGUGACUCUUUCUACAUGAGCAAUGUGAUGCCUCACCUAGAGAAGUUUCAACAUCUCAAGCACAUUUUACUGAAAAGAUUUGUCUCCAACUCUGAUGACUUGGAGCAAAUUGCUCAGCAUUUUCCAAAUCUAGUGAGCUUGUCCACCACUUUUGAGUUUGUUGACACACAGUUGAUGAAAAAUUUGUUCCUUCUCCAAAACCUGAAGCAACUUGAUAUCAAUUGGAACAUAUGGAACAAUCAAGAUAGGUCGGUGCUCGACGAGCAGACAAAUUACUGGAGACAAUUCAAAGUAGAGUGCAUGGAGCACCUGCCAUGCUUGCAGUACUGCUAUAUGUCAGUAGGUGCAUGCUACAUCAACGGAAUUCGCCCUUACCGAGGCAACAGCCAACAGCUCUCUCUAAGAGAAAUGGCCGUUGUGAGUGACAUCGACUUUGAACUUUUCCCCUCUUUGGAAACACUUACAGUGCUCGGACCUCUCAAAUCAAAAAGUCAUGAAUUUGGAGUUCUUUCCAAUCUGACAGUUUUGGAAUUGAUUGAAGUUGAUACAUCUGAUGUUCCUGUUGUGCUGACCCACUGUGGUAACAAGCUACAUGAACUGACCAUAAUUGCCUUUGGACCGCAAUACUUGGACCCUUAUAAGGUCAUCGUGAAAUGCCCGAAUCUGCGUAAAUUUGAUGUUUCCGCAGAUUUUUUUGACAACCAGAGCACAUUCUUCAAGUCUCAAGUGAAUACGAACCAUAUGAGGUAUAUGAAACACUUUAAAAUCUGGACUUACGCUUAUGAAGACAUGAAUUUCCCAUCUGACUUUUUGACCCUGGCACUGGCUGCACCAGACUUAGAGACAUUCAAGUCGUAUUCCUUAAAUAUUUCUCUCACUAAACUGACUUUAUUGACUGAGCAGCUAGUGGCAGGAUGCAUUUUGCAAAAUUUGAAGAAAUUUAAAUUUGAAUGCAGUGAACAUGAGCCCAGCACUUGUUUCGAGUUGCUGAAGUUCAUCUGCCUUCUUCCUGUACAUGCUCCUAGACUUCAAUUGAUUCAAAGCAAAUGUUUUUCAAAUGAAUUUGAAGAGCAAUUCAAAAAAUCUUUCCUGUUUGACAUGAUUGAUCAAAUUGAUGGUUUGAAAAUAGCAAUCGAGUUGCCUGACUAACACAUUGACUCAUGACUGCCGGCCUUAUUGUAAAUAUCAAUGGAAGUUGUAUCGUAACAUAAGAAUCAAAUUUCCGCUCUGGCUGGCCAUAAUUGCAUGCGUAUCUAAAAUUAAUUAUGUGUUCUUUGUUGAUGAAAUUAUUUUUCUGCAAAUAAAUUUGAUUUCAAGGAAACCCAGCAUGUGAUAUUUUCCAUUCAAAAUUUCGGCAUAACACAUCAGCUUUUAUAAAUUAUGAGCUGGAUUAAAAAAUAUAAAUUAUGAGCUGGAUUAAAAAAUAUAAAU